UGGUGACAGGGUGGAGGGAUGGUUGCAGGAAAAAGAAUAAAGCUGGGACCCAAAACAUGGACUUUUGCUUCAGCAUUUAAGUUUGGAUGUUGUUUUUUGCACUGCAAACCUGAUAUGUGUUUGUUUCCAAGUCUAUAUAGGUUUAAAUGUGUAAUAUUGUCCCCUUAUAUCUUGAGUUGUCAAACAUAUCAUUGGAGGAUAGAAGGUCAAUGUCUAUUGCUGCUUUGUUUGUCAUGCUGCUGCAGUCGUUGAGUCAAAGGAAACAGUGAGGAGACGGCAGGGAUACAAGUUGAGAGAUGUUUUUAUUUCAAAACCACGAACUACAUAAGUAUGUCAAUAGAAAUUUGAUAGGCCAGUGAGGUGAAAAGACUGAGGUUGUAUAAAAUGGGGGAAAAAAAACAAGUGGAGUGCAAAGAGUGAAUGUGACCAGAAAAGCAAUGGGAGUUGGGAAACACUGCUCUGAAGCACCGAGGUUUUUUUUGUCCGGGACUCUUUUGUUGCGUCCAUACAACCAUUGAGUGGAGUUACUCAAGCAUGCAGGACAGUACUGAGCUGGCAUCAGUUUUCAACACUAAUUGCAGUAAUUAUAACAGUUGAGCAGUGACUAAUGGGCAGAAGGUUUGACUGCUUGAAUGUGGCCAGUAUGAAUUUAUGUAGGAUCGCAGCAAAAAGGUCUUCAGCUCAAUUGGACAUGUGUCAAAUUGAAUUUGUAUGUAAAAAUAAACAAAACUAAAUAAAUAAAUGAGUAUUUGCAGAAAUAAACAAGUUAUGAAUGCAAUAUAAUUCAUAGUGUCUCUCUAUUCUCAACCAUAAGUUUUUGUUUCUAACUAAAGUAUAGUAGAAACUAAGAUGUUAACAACGUCUAAAAAACACAACAAACAACCAACAAUUACCAUAACCACUACUUAAAUACUGUACGUGUCUACUAUCCUUUCACCUGUGAAGGUUUGACAGUGUUUGGCCCCACCCUGGAAACAGGUGCACAUGUCUAUUGUUGUUUGCUCUGCCCUGUCACCAUAGAGGCUGAACAGAUUGUACCAAGGUAUUUUCUCUGGAGGGGGGUGACACAUGAAGGACUUUCUUCUCUAUGGACUUACUCACCUGAGUAACAGGUGUGUCACUUAGCAGCUUGUGUUGGUGCACGUCUGAACCAUUUCAACCCUGUUAGACAGACAAGGCUGAAAGGGAUGAUCAGUUGAGGAUUACAGGUAUAAAGAGAAGUAUUACAGAUUUUUUUUUCUGUUGGGUUAAAUCCAUUUAACCUAUUUUUUGUGACUUUUUAAGUGUUUAUGAAAAGCUUCCAGUGUAUGUGUUCGUUCACCCCCCCCCCUGUCUGUGGUUAAGUAGAGCAGGCCAUUCACUGACCAGUCACAGAGAAGAAGGGGAGGAGUCGGGGGAUUUAUCUGGUCACAGAGCUACCACAGGGGACAAAUGAUACACACACUUUAAGAAACAUACGCAGCAGACACAACAGAAAAAGAAACACAUUACAUACACUAUCCACACUUUAUCUCCACAUUCAAACAAGCUAGAUAGUCAUGUACUUUCAAAUCUAGGCACACCCACAGUAGCUAUUGAUUUUAAGAUAUAAAAACAAACACCCUUAGGUGGACACAGCACAGGUAGGAGCCAUGGCUUUGCACCGGCAGGUUUUGUGGUUUACUGGUUAGCCGUCGGGCCAGAGCGAGGGAUGGCACUGCUCACAUCUGCUGAGGACGACCUGGACAAUUCCUACCAGGAGGAUGAGGAUUAUGGUUGUCUGCCCAGUCGUGGGAGUACAGAGCAGGAUGAGGAAGAGGAGAAUGUGGAACAGGAAGAGGAGUAUGUCUGUCUUCCCAGUUGUGGAAGUACAGAGCAGGAGGAGGAAGAGGAGAUGGAUGAAGAGCAACAAGUUCUGUGUGAAGUGUUGUGUGCUGACAGAGUGGGCCAGAUGACGAAGACCUACAGCGACAUUGACGCUGUCACUCGACUGCUGGAAGAGAAAGAGCGUGACCUGGAGUUAGCUGCACGUAUCGGACAGUCGCUGCUGAAGAAAAACAAAGCCCUCAGUGAGAGAAACGAGCUGCUGGAGGAGCAAGUAGAGCACAUACGAGAGGAGGUGUCUCAGCUGCGUCACGACCUGUCCAUGAAAGAUGAGCUGUUACAGUUCUAUGCCAGCGCUGCCGAGGAGAGCGAGGGAGAGUCCACCACCUCCACACCUGUGCAUCCCACUGAAACCACUGUUCCUACUCCAACAUUUUUCCCCCUGGACUCCCUGCAGAAGAAACUCAAAGAUCUGGAGGAGGAAAACAAAUCGUUGCGAUCUGAGGCCAAUCAUUUGGAGACAGAAACCAUCUCCUACGAGGAGAAGGAGCAACAACUUGUCAAUGACUGUGUCAAAGAACUACGUGAUGCCAACCUGCAGAUUUCCUCUCUGGCCGAAGAUCUGGCCAGGAAGUCUGAAGACGCCUCCAGACAGCAGGAGGAGAUCACACACCUCCUCUCCCAGAUAGUAGACCUCCAGAAGAAGGCCAAGCUGUAUGCUGUGGAGAACGAGGAGCUGACUCUGCACUUGGGAGCAGCCAAAGAUGCCCAGCGACAACUCACUGCUGAGCUGCAGGAGUUACAAGAUAAGUAUGCAGAGUGUAUGGAGAUGCUCCACGAAGCUCAGGAGGAACUGAAGAACCUGAGGAAUAAAAAUCUACCGCUCAACACACAGAGGCGGUUCCACUCUCUGGGAUUGUUCGCGAUGGAUUCUCUGGCAGCAGAAAUCGAGGGCACCAUGAGGAAGGAACUUCAGAUGGAUGAUCCAGACGUAGAAGAGCAGAGACUGCAACCGAAGCGUGUGUUCCAGACAGUGAAAAACCUCAACAUAAUGCGUCAGCAGCGUUCAUCGCUAGCCCCCUCCCCGCACAACAUCCCGGGAUCCAAUCGGACGUCGUGCUUGACCUCGGGCCGCUCCAGCAGGGUGGGCACACCAAACUCCAUUUACGGUGGCGAGACGGGAAGUGGGAUCAUCCUGGACAACAGGACAAGCAGUAUCCUGGAGGGUCCAGAUGACGGGUUGGAGGACUCGAACAAGCGCCCCCCUGGCACCCCAGGGACCCCAGGCAGCAGGGACCUGCAGGCGGCCCUGCGGCGUCUGUCCCUCCGCCGCGACAACUACUUCUCAGAAAAACGUUUCUUAGAUGCGGAGAGGGAGAGAAAGCUGGCCUACCUGUCCAAAGAGGAUGAAAAAGGAGGUGGGGAGAGUAGCGGAGGCCCAGGGUCCCCAACUGAAAGCCUGCUGUCCAUGUGCUCGCAUCCCUCCAUUGGAAGUGUCUGGUCGGGAUACUCAUUCACGGCAAGAUCCUACCUGCCGGAGAAGUUGCAGAUCGUAAAACCGCUAGAAGGCUCCGCUACACUCCAUGCAUGGCAGCAGCUGGCUCAACCCCACAUGGGCGCUCUGCUGGACGAUCGGCCUGGUGUGGUCACGAAGGGCUUCCGCACUUUAGCACACGAGCAGGGACAGGAAGACAGGUGGGAGCUGGACCAACCAGAGGAGGACGAGGUCCUGUGUGACUCCUUUCUUGGCAUGUCAGAAGAAAGGGCCGCUCCUUUGGAUCUGCCGUGCUUUACCUCUACUCCCUCCAGCUGCUGCAACAAAAAUAGCAACUAUGCUGACAAUAGCCAAUUAGAAACAUUGCACCCAGAAAUGUGUGGGGCGAAAGAAGCGGGACUCGUUGGAGCCAUGCCCCUUUCCUUAUCCAGCCUCUCCCCUUCCCCCUCUCCUUUCCCCUCUUCUUCUGAGAUGAUGAACGGGCACGUGGUCAAGGACCUCCAGGCCUCACAGCCUGCCACAAUGGAUCGCAUGCCUGUUAAUUUCCCAGGGAAGUGUAUGUCCACCACUAGCUCCACCUACACCUUCACCACCUGCAGGAUUCUCCACCCGUCUGAUCAGCUGACCUCAGUGUCCCAGAGCCCAGCUAUAUCUUGUUACAGCAGCACUCGUGGCAGCACCCCUACUUCCUCCUCUUCUCCUAUACCCUUCUCUGCCCCAUCUACACCCUCCUACACUCCCUGCUGCACCCCACGGCGCCUCUCCCUGUCUCUCUCCUUGGCUGAGUCCUCCACCAACCUUAGGGACUCCACCAAGACCACCAGCACCUCUCUUGGCCUGGUGCACCUCCUGCUGGAGCAUGGGAUCUCUGCAUCGGUGUAUAACCCCCGGAGCUGGGACAGAGGAUUGGUUUCCAGUGGAGCUUCGACACCCGAUGGAAGAGCGCCGGUGCAGCGGUGCACGGAUGCACCAGGGGAGGCUGAUGUCAGACAGAUGGGGAAACGCCCAGAGACCCUUCUCCUCCAGCCCUCCACCCCACCCAACUCCCCUCGCUCCAAAUCUGCUGCCUCCACCACCACUUGCCCGGUUUUUCUGUUCAGUCCUUCCACUGAUGACCAUCCAUUCUAUGACACCUUCCUCGCCUCUAAACCAGCUCGUACCAUUCUGAGGGAAGUUCUGGCGGAGAUGGAGAGGGAGCGAGGGGGCCAGGCAGAUGACGACAGCCAAACAGAGAUGCUGAACCUAUGCCUUGUGGACAAACUGAAAAGUUUCCGCACCCUCACAGCUGCAGCCUCAUCUGGAAAUCCUCUUAUAGCUCCCUUUGGCUCCACUGGCCUGGGGAACAGUGCUCUGGGUGGGGGGCUCCCAGGACUGAACGCAGGACUGAGGAGGAAUCGUAGCUAUCCUGCCAUGGUGGGGGCCAGUAUGGCUAUGAAGGACCCAGGAGGUCCCCCCAACACAGAGAUACUUAUACCACACACAAUGCAAACCCCAAGUACACGACACACACAAGAAACGGGCAAAAAACUAACAAAUCACACUCUGGCCUCAAAGCCCAUACACAUACCACAGACACUACAUGCACUGGAGACAGUCACACCACAGACAAUAAUACAGAGACACAGCAGGCCGACAAGCAAUGACCAACACAGUGAUGAUGAAACUGUGACAUAAAUAGGCAAUAUUCAGUGUAAUUACACAUAUUACUACACACAAACUAUCACGUUCACUACAUGACUACACGCACACAAACCAAAUAUCAUCCAUCACUACACAGACAUCCUUCAGCUAUGGAGCAAACAAGAUGAUGAACCACAGUUCCCUCACACACUCAACUUAACAACGUCGUCAUUGCUAACCAGAUCACAUUACAACUGAUUGAGUCAAACCAUAGACUGUAUAUAAAGAUGUACGACAUGACUACUCCCCAAAAGUGAAGCCAAAGUGUCCCGAUCGCCACCUGGUCGCUGGCUGCUGGCUGACUCCUCCAUGUUAGUGGAUUGGGACAUGAACUAAAAGUCAAAGUCUGUGAUUUUAGGUAGUUCUUAUCACACUGAUGUUUGAUCAAGUGUUCAUUCUGGUAAUUUUUGUUUUAAUUGGUUAUUUCAUGCUAUAAAAAUGGAGUAAAAUAUCAUGAUUGAACUUGUCUCGCACUACUCUGGCCCCAUCGCUACUGCGCAGUGUCCGCCUCCAAAUGUGCUAAAUGGCAGUGUUUGUAUUUGUGAUAUUUUAUCUUCAUUUCUGGAUAGUGGGAGGAAGUGGAGAUGUAUCGUCCAUCUUUAUUUACGGUCUGUGAUCAACAUAAACAGUGAAAUGGUGGUGAAUGAACCAGUAGUGGCUGAAACUGUUGCACUGUGUUAUACUCAUAAUGUCAGGAUAAUGAUGAUGCAGUAUGUUGCCUUCCGGUGGUCUUUGUACUUGUAUAUUGUUAAUGCAAUAUACUGUCAUAUAUAUAUAUAUAUUUAUAUAUAUAUAUAUAUAUAUAUAUAUAGUAUCAUAUUAAAGGCCCAAUCUGGUGAAAAUACAAAAAAGCUCUUUUCCCUCCUUAACCUUAAUGAGUCCCCUUUUGGAAUAAAGGCGGCAACAUGAAUUUUAAAUUUACUGUAAUGACCGAAUAUAAGAUUGUUUAUUAUAACCCUAUAACACACAAAAAGUACAAACAACAAUCGUGAUGUUUUUUUGAUUUUGGGCUUUUUCAGUUUUUUUAAUCUGGCCUUUAUAAAAACGUCAUCAGUCUAUGAAACAAGCUGAGAGACUUGUCUCAACAUCAACCAAAGAUAAGUCCGAAAAUCUCCUAAAAACAUUUUUCAUCUUAUAUUCGUGCCGCUAUGGUAUUUUGAAGCCAUUUUUGUGUCUCCAUUGUAUUACAUUGAAGUUAAAUGAAAAUUAUAAAAUCACAUACAGUUGCAUUAGAGAUUCAUUUCUACCAGCAACUCAUUUUUUCUCUCUUUGUGAGUAUGUGAUAUGUAAUUUGGAAAAACAAAACUCUCGAUUGGGGCUUUAAUGUGACUGAAUGUUCUUAUGUGCCUAAAAAGAGCUAACAUACUUAAUCUCAUUAAAGUACGAGUCUGCAUCCGUUUUAUUUGAUCAAUUUUAAUAUUUGCCUUUUGUUAGAUGAUGUGCUGUUAAGGAAGCGAAUGAGGAUAAUCGUGCUUAUUAAUUUAAGGCUUCUAAACUUGCUGAGGGAGCUGCACACUUGUCAUUUAUGUUUGAUUACAUCAUUUUCAUCUUUUUUUUCUCCCAGUGAGUUUUGGCAAAGCUUUUCCCCAUUCGUUUAGAAACCAUAAAAACAUGUAGCACACAAACGGCAAUACAGAUCAGGUCCUGCUCUCCAGAUACCUUGAUAAAACUUAACUUUUUUGUUUCUCAUUUUGGGACCCCACCUGUCUUUAUAUACGUAUCUAGUCUGUGUAGGUUUGAGGAGGAUGUGAACGGCAGGACAUGGACACAAACAUGCCAAUAGAGCAAAAUGCUGAUGGGAUCUGAAAGAUCAGGACGUAAACUCUGCUGCAGUCCGAACUGUAACUCAAUGCCAAAGUUACACCCAACAUGUGGAUUUGCAAGCUUGUUUGCUUGCAAAACAGAUUGUCAUCAUAGAUUCCCUUUAUUUCAUUACUGCUGGUGUAUGCAAUCAUGCAGUAAUUUUGUCAACCUCAAAUGUAAGGUGUAUGGGUGAAAUGUUGAGCACUACAAGGCAUCAGCGGACGUGUAUUUGUCUGAAUGUAACUGUAAGAAGAGUGACUUGAAGCAUGGUUUUAAGAAGCAGAGAUUUUAUCAAAUUUUGUUGCUGAGGGGAAAUGUUUGGUCCAGUUCCUGUGUCCACCCUCAGGAUCAUCCAUCAGACAUUUUCUAAACUUUUUUUAUAAUCUUGUUUGGAAGGAGAUAUAAAAAAACACUGGGACUGGGCCACUGGCUGCUUGUCUGGCUGAAUUAAAGGACGAAUGGCUGGUGCUCACGCUGGCAGUGAUCUGUUCAAAUCCUAAACGAUAAAGGGAUUCAACUUGCAAUGCAAGAUUAGCGCAAAUGAAAAAUAUAUUUAUUAAAAACUUGAAGUGUUAGAGGCAAACAUAUUAUUGAAUAUCUAUUGUGUAUGUUACAUCUGUUUUGAUCUAUAUUUUCAACUGUCUCUGUCACAUUUUGACUCAUUUUUGAUUGGACAAUUUUUUUGUUAUUGUAACAUGAUAAACAUUCAGUUAAAUGUCCAUAACAGCUAAAUAUUUGGGAGAAAAAUACAUCAGACAACAAUUUACAGUAUUUAACAACGAUAUAGUGCUAAGACAGACGAGUGUGUGUGCUGUUUGUGUGUGUCACUUGAAUCAUCUGAAUGUAAGUUAUUACAAACUGUAAUCCUGCUGGUCUUUGUCUACAGUAUAUUGAUUUUUCUUUAUUAGUUUGUAUUAUCAGCAGAGAGGGAAUCUAUGCUUACAUUGUAAAUGUAUGCAACACAUUUAGCCAUGCUAACUAUUGUUUUUAUGUAACUGUAGAGAAAUUGAGUUGUUUAUUUUGAAUAAAGAGGGAAAGAUACUUUCUGUUCAGGGACUGAAGUGUUCUAUUCUACAGAAUAAGAAAAUAAAUGCAUAAACACGGACUUGUUUUUCAGGGACUGAAUUGUUCUAUUCUACAGAACAGAUGUACUGUCAACAAGAAAAUAAAUAUAUAAACACUGA